AUGAGCGUGACCAACAGUGAUGAGGAUCGAGUGAAGGGGUCGUGGAGCCCACAAGAGGACUCCACGCUCAUCAAGCUGGUUGCCCAGCACGGCCCACGCAACUGGUCCCUCAUCAGCACCGGCAUCCCCGGCCGCUCCGGCAAGUCCUGCCGCCUCCGGUGGUGCAACCAGCUCAGCCCCACCGUCCAGCACAAGUCCUUUACGCAGCAAGAGGACAACAUUAUCGUCCGGGCCCACGCCCUCCACGGCAACAAGUGGGCCACCAUCGCCCGCCUCCUCCCCGGCCGAACAGAUAAUGCCAUCAAGAACCACUGGAACUCCACGCUACGGCGUCGUCGCCAACUAGCCGAGUUGUCGUCCGCGUCGUCCGAUUCCAACUCGGCCGCGCCGAUCAGGUACGAGCCGGGCAUGAAGCGGCAGUGCCUGAGGGUGUCGCCGGAGCCCGACAGCUUUAAAGCGGACGUGGGAGGGGACGGGGUGGUAGAGACGUCGCUGACGCUGUCGCCACCUGGCGAGAAGGAGGAAAACGAGGUCGUUUUGAAGAGCGAGGAUCAUGAUGACGAGGGGAAAUGUGCUGUGGAGAUGGAAGACAAGUGUUUGCUGACGAUCAUGCAGAGGAUGAUAGCCCAGGAGGUGAGGAAUUACGUUGAUAGCUUACGGGCCGAGGAUGGUCCCACGUCGUUUGGGCUUCAGUCAGCAGCGCUCCAAAAUGAUCCGUAA